UUCAUAUAAACUAUAACUGUUGUCAGGCAUGAUAACUUCAACACAGCAUGGAAAAUAUUGUAUAAGAAGCGAUGGCCCAUGGCUAUAGAGAAAAUGCGGCACACUAACUCAAUCAUUCCGGAUGGUGACGUAGCAAUAUCAAGACCGGUGGAUGACUUCGUUGACUGGCGAUUGCAGGAUUUGGAGAAAAUGGAAACUGGUUCAAAUAUUAUGCAGGAUGCAUUAGCAAUGUCAAGAUCUGGGGACGGCUGUGUAGACUGGCAACAACUUUAUUGGGAAGCUCACCUACAAAGUUGCUUAGACGAAGCUGCAGAGAGAGCUUUGCUUCCUACAUCUGAUGGGCACAUUGGUGGAGUGAAAAUAUCAGAUGAGAUCAUGAAUUACAUUGGUCAUAGUGGGAACACAACUCAGGACUGUUUGUCGUACCACUGCAUUAAUUUUGGCCAUUAUGCAAGAUGUCUGAGACUUCAAAAUGUGCUUUGUGUUGCUGAAGUAUGUGAACUUUUGACGUCUAGCAAGCUUCGAGUUUUGGCCUUUCGGAGGAUAAAGUCAAAAUUUCAUGUUGAUGGUGUUUGCAGGCUUCUGAACCAGAAUAAGGAGUCUUUGGUAUCUCUCGAAUUCAUCUACUGUCAACUUUCUCCGGCGAGUUGGAAUCAUAUUUGCAAUUCUGUUUACGUAGGAGGGAGUGAAAUCCAUUGGAUACGGCACCUCUGCAUUAAUUCAUCAUUCAUCUUUGAAAGCAAGUCAUCUUCCUUUCCUGGGGGUCUUUCAUCUUUCUUAUCAUCAGGAAGGUCAUUGGAGUCUCUACGAUUUUGUGACACUCAAAUGGGGCCAAAGUGCGCAAAAAUUAUCUUUAAUACCCUUAUUGAGUCUUCUUGUGGUCUGGUCACGCUUGAGAUAUCAGAUGACGAAAUUGCUGGUUGGCUUUCCAAAGUUGAUAGGAGUCCUGUAGGUUUCUCUUUAUCGCUACCACCACAGAUAUCCUUGAAGUCGUUAAGAGUUCUCAAUUUAAGAGGAAAUAAUCUGUGCAAGGAUGAUGCAGAGGAUCUCAGUAAUGCGUUAAAUCAGAUGCCUGAUUUAAGAAACAUGGAUAUAAGUGAUAAUCCUAUAGAAGAUGAUGGAAUCAGGAGCUUAAUUCCAUAUUUUAUUAAGGCUUUUGUAAAAGCAUGCCCCAUUUCUGACAUUAAGAUAGAGAACUGCAACCUUUCCGGUGUCGCAGUAGCUGAAUUGUUGAGAAGCCUUCCAACUACCAGAGAACCACUUAACAGUCUCUCUAUAGCGAAGAAUGAGCUUGGAAGUUCUAUAUCAGCAGCCAUCAUGGAAUUUUUGGGUACAUCACGUGUCAGAAAACUUAACAUUGCAGAUAUUGGGCUAGGCGCACUGGGUUUCCAAGAGCUUGAGAAUGGAAUGCAGGAAAAGGUGGAGGUUGCAUAUAUAAACAUAAGCAUGAACCGUGGAGGGAUAAGGGCUGCACAUUUCAUCUCACAGCUAAUUUCGCAUGCACCAAAUCUUGUCAUAGUCAAUGCAGAAGCUAAUAUAAUGCCUGCUGAGUCAUUGGCAAUCAUUCAUAAUGCUCUGAAACAAUCAAAAGGAAAACUACAGCACUUGGACCUGAGAGAAAAUUAUUCAUUGUGUCUGUCAAAGUAUACGGCUGCAAUUUUAGAGUUUAAGUUUCACGGGGAGCCAAUUGUAAAAAUUCCACUUUUUCCAUGCUUCGGUGUGCCUUAUGAUGAUGAUCCAUAGCAAGUUCUGAUGUAGGAUGAUAUGUGCACUAGCAUUGUGUAAAAAGCUAGUUUAUCUUGGCAAAACAAUCUGAAUUUGAAGAUAUAAAGAAGAAAGUUUUCAUUA